UCUGCUGUGAUGGCAGAGAGGGGAUUGCUUAUCCUUCUGCUUGCAGGAUUUUGUGUGCCUGCUACCAACCAGAUCAGAAAACAUGUGUUUGUGGAAACUGAGAUGACCUGGUCUGAAGCUCAGAGCUACUGUAGAGAGAAGCACACAGACCUGGCCACUGUGCGCAGCCAGGAAGAAGCAGAGCAGCUCUUAAAUAUUAUAGGAUAUUCUCUCACUGAUACUGCCUGGAUCGGGCUGUAUCAUGAUGACACUCAGAACUGGCAGUGGUCUAACAGCGAUGAUGUCAUCUACUACUCUAACUGGACAGCAGAGCUCUUCUGUGCUUCAAUCAAUUCACUGGGAGGAUCGAAGACAAGCAACAUCACUGAGAGAUACACCCUGAUUGAAGAACUGAAAACCUGGACUGAAGCUCAGCAGUACUGUAGAGAACACCACACCGACCUCGUCAGCAUAAAGAACGCCAGUGAAAAUGAAGACCUAGUGAAGAAAGCGCAGGGCUAUUCCUUCUGGAUAGGCCUGUUCAAUAACCCAUGGAAGUGGUCACACCAGGGGGAUAACUACACAUUUCACAACUGGAACACAGGGGAACCAAACAAUGCGGGAGGCAAUGAGAACUGUGUUGAGAUAGGUGUAAUGGGUAAUCAGUAUUUAUCCAGAGGGGAAUGGAAUGAUGUGAAUUGCAGGUUGAUGCUCCCCUUCUUCUGCUUUGACGAAGCAGAACCCACAAGCCUCCCCUCCACUCCGGUCUCUCAAGAAGCAGAAUCCUCAAGCCUCCCCUCCACUCCGGUCUCUCAAGAAGCAGAAUCCUCAAGCCUCCCCUCCACUCUGGUCUCUCAAGAUCCAACCCCCUCUGAGUCGCUUUCUACACCGGCCUCUAAAGAUCCACAGGACACCACCAUUGUUCAGUCUGACUCUCAGAACUCUCCAACCACCGGGCCAGCCGCUUCCCAAACACCAGAUGGAGGAGAAAAAUCCCAGCAGCCUUCCACGAUGGACAGCACCUCUCCUCGAGCCAGCUCCCCUGGGCACUCCAGCUCCUGGCUCUCUGGCACUUCACCCACAGUAACAGUCACUCUAGUCCCUGAGGAGCUCCACCUGAUCUCUGACAGUAUGGUCUGGCCAGAGGCUUGGCAGUACUGCAGGGAUCACUACACUGACCUAGUGAGCCUCACAAGCCUGGCUGCACAAAACAGAGUGUCAGAGCUCGUCAGGAACAGCACUGCGUCGCGAUUCUGGAUCGGCCUGCACAGAACUGUUGUGUAUGAUAACUGGUACUGGGUUGCUGGUAAGGAUAAGAGGGCCCCCCUAAACUACACUAACUGGGCCCCUGGGGAGCCCAACAAUCCUUACUAUGAGCACUGCGGGGAGAUGGUGCUGGGGGAGGAUGGGGGGGCUGAGUGGAAUGAUCUGUGCUGCUAUGAAAAGCUCCCCUUUAUCUGUUUCAAAGGUUAAAAACACAUCUGAAAGGUUUUAUAGCACUGCUUCUCAAACAUUCUAUAGUAUAAAGUCACUUUAGUCAAAAAUAAAAAGCGAUUUACAAAAACGUUAUAGAAAUAUCUGAGUCUAAAUUUUGUUGUAUAAACGUAGCAUGUGUGAAUAAUAAAGCAAAACAAAAUCUUGUAUGUGACAGAGUUUGGCAAUGCAAGAGUCCUGUAGAUGAAAUUUCUGUGUAGCAAUCUUAAAGGAGCAAUAAUUAAUUAUGAAAGACUUAUUGAGGCUGAUUGUGAGGAAGUGAGGUGGGGAAGCAUUAUACUGUUGCACAAGCUUCAGUGCACAAUGCUUGUCUUAUGGUCUUCAUUGUACAGUGCAACACUAAUAUGAUUCACCUCCUUAUGAUCAGCAUUGAGGAGUCUUUUCAGAAGCCAUUGUCCUCCACUUGUUUUUUUUAAUUCAGGAUACGCAGCUAUUUAAAAUGCCAGGCUGUAGAUAAACUGCUGCAUCCUGGUACCUGUGCUGUAGGUCACUGGGUCUGAUUGAGGCCGGACCAUUGGAGAGAGUUUGAACUGUAAUACAUCAUAUAGGAUGUAUUGUUAGAGGGAAGUAGAGAGGGUGAAAGGGUCUUAUUUAAUAUUUGUCUAAUUUCUGCUUUUUGCCUUUAAAAAAAAGAUUCUAUAAUAUUUAAGUAGGUUUUACACAUUUAAAUAAUGCUUACAUAUUUCAGUAGUAUUUAAAACAUUUGAACUUGUUAAAUUAGUUUUUACAUAUUUAAGAAGGUGUGUCUGUAUUUGGGUCCUGGAUAUUGUCAUCAGCACCAGUAUAACAAAAUCAAAAGAAAACUUUUAUUUUCCUUGUUUGCACUUUUGUGUUGCUUCCCUGAGCUACAGCAGAGCGGACAUUCAUACCCCCCUGCUGCUGCAGGUAGUCGCAGGAGUGUGUCUGUUUAGAGAACAUUAGAGUGACAGAAGGAGGGAGGGAGGAAACUUGUGUGUCUGUCUGCCUGCAGCUGAAACUACCAGCCUCUAGGGAAUGUACACAAACUGGACAGCCAACAGGGUCUGGUUUCUGAUGAUGCAGAUUGCACCUAAUGCUAAUCUGUGUUCGAAUGUAGUUAAUAGGUACACUGUAAUCAUAUUUAACUAACCAAAAUAGAAACUAUGUUAUGUACUGAGUGAGUCUCUUCUGUCUAUUUAUAUUCUGUAUUGCUGCAUAUAUUGAUAGUCUGUAUGUUUUGCUGGUAUAAAAAUAAAAAAAUGAU